CUCCUACGUCAUCAAACAGCGACACGAUUCAGACACGAGCCUGUGGUGUGGAGGCAGUGGGUCAGUGUUGGUCUGCUGAUGAAAAGAAUCAGCUGCUGGAGGUUUCACUGAUCUGACGGUUGGAGCUCUCUUUGGCUGCUUGCUGUUUUCUCUCCUAACGGCCGCGUUCACCGGAAGAGCCGCGAUGUGUCAGGUGGAGGAAGAUUACCGGGGAGAGAUGGAGCGCGCCGCCGUGCCCAGUGUUUCAAAGAAAUGUGUCAAAUGCAAAGAGGCGCCUGCAGCUUUGGUCAUCAGAGCAGGAGAUGCGUACUGCAGGCUCUGUUUCAAAGAUUUCUUCACUCACAAGUUCAAAGCUGUGCUCGGCAAGAACAGGAUCAUUUUCCCCGGAGAGAAGGUGCUGCUGGCUGUGUCCGGAGGUCCUUCUUCCUGUUCAAUGCUCAGACAAGUUCAAGAGGGUUUGAGUCAGAAGGCGAACAAGAAGCUGCGAUUCGUGCCUGGCAUCGCCUUCAUCGACGAGGGUGCUGCGAUAGGUCAGUCGGUGGAGGAGCGACAGAGGACAGUGGCUGAGCUUCAGGCGGUGUUUGAGGCCACUGGUUUCCCCUUCUUCAUCUUACCUCUGGAGCAGGUCCUGGACCUGCCUGCGUCAGUCGUGGCGACCAAUCCGGCGCCCUCAGAGCAACCUGCCGGCGCCUACAAAGCAGCCGUGGAUCGCUUUGUGGAGACUGACGGCAGCAGCUUUCCGACGCCACAGGAACCAAAGGAGACGCUGCUGCCUCACGUUCAGCAGUCGCACACGCUGAUGCUGCAGCAGCUGCUCGGCUCAGUUAAAACACUGACGGCCAGAGAAGAGCUGCUGAACACGCUAAGGCAGCAUCUGCUGGUGCACACAGCUCGCACAGAGGGCUACAGGAAGCUGAUGCUGGGAGACAGCUGCACCCGCCUGGCUGUUAAACUGCUCACCAGUAUAUCACUGGGCAGAGGAGCACAGCUGGCCCAGGACACGGGUUUCUCUGACUCCAGAUACGGUGACGUCAUAUUAGUGCGGCCAAUGAGAGACUACUCUGCCAAAGAAGUCGCUUACUACAACCACCUGUUCACUGUGCCCUGUGUUGUUGUUCCAGGUGUGGACACCAAGACGGUGGAGAAGGCCAGCAUCCAACGACUCACAGAGAGCUUUGUCACCAAGCUGCAGACAGACUUCCCCUCCACCGUCAGCACCAUCUACAGGACCAGCGAGAAGCUGCAGACGGCGUGUAGGAAACGGUCAGGAGGCGACGGCUGUGAGCGAUGUCUGCUGUGUGUGUGCAGCCUGGAUACUGCUGUGGAGGAGGCGUCGGCCUUCCAGGCCACGCUCAUCUCAGAUCAGCUGUCCGGGUCUAAGCGAGGCGGCGCUGCUGAAACGCUGAGGCCAAAGCCGGGGAGGCCGGAGUCGCCGGCUCCCACCGCACAGUGCUGUUCCUCUGCAGAAGGGCGGGGCUGCGGGACACCAGGAAGUGAUGCAGGUUGCUGUUCCUCUGCAGAAGGGCGGGGCUGCGGGAGACCAGGAGGUGAUGGAGGUUGCUGUUCCUCUGCGAAGCUACCAGAAACAACACGUCUGCAGAGCCUGUUGUGUUACAGCUGUGCACUGACUGUCAGAGACAUGUCGACAGUGGAUCACCUCCCUCAGUACAUCCUGUCAGAGGCUCAGAGGAGGCAAAGGAGGUCUCAGAUGAGAGAGGAGAUCAGUGACUUCCUGCUGGACGAUGGUGACGAAGGAAAUUAGAAACAAAAGGAGAAGCCCCGCCCCCCACGCCAGAAGAGGAUGGAGGAAAGGAAACUGGCACUGACACUUAAGUCCUGCUGGAAGGAGCUGAUUUCAUGUUUAACCAUCACGUCAUUAGAGAUCGUGUGUGUGUGUCUGAGUGUGUGUGUGUGUCUGAGUGUGUGUGUGUGUGUGUGUGUGUAGCAAUCUUGCAUUCUUUUAAAUGAUUUUGAGUUUUUUCUUUGAGCUGAGUCUCCUUAAACACACUUCCUGUUCUUGUACAGAUCAGAUUGUAUCAUGAAUGUGACAACAUGUAAUAUUAAUCUCUUUAUUUCCAUCACGUCCUUAAUAAACCUUCACAUAUCAAAAAGACGAUAUGGCAGUGAGUCCAUCUCCUCCUUGUGUGAGUGAUAUAAACCAUGUUUACAUGUUUACAUCAACACAAAUCAAACACGCACAAAACACAGUUUUAUUCAAACACAUUCAGUUGAUCAUGUUGUCAGAAAUCGUUGAAUUUUGAUGAAACAUUUAAAAACUGCGUUUUGUAUUUUUUAUUAAAAUCUGCUAAAACUCCA